AUGAAGCAGCAACUCUAUGAGACCUUUGCCAGCGGCCAAGUUCUUGAAGACAUGGUCAUCGAGGCUGCAACACUUUUCAAUGAAAACUAUGGAAUAUGGGGAGAAAAAUCCAUCAAACCAGGAUCCCCUGUUCACCUAAGCCCUCGUCGACUUCGUAAACAAUACCUACCCGACAGUACCCAGAGCUUCUAUACUCGGGUGUGUGUGGAUGGAGUGCUUGCUGGCAACGCGUUCUCCUGCCGUUGGAAGAACCCUGCAGGGAAGACUGUGUGUUGGGUUACCCAGUUGGUGGUCAAGAAGGAGUAUCGUGAGCGUGGGCUCGCAGGCGGCCUAUUGAGAGCGCUGAGAGUGGACACCGACGACAUAUACGGCAUCAUGAGCUCUCAUCCAGCCGCAUGUCUUGCGGCGGCGGCGGCAUUCUCAACGGGUAUUGAAAGGGUGCCUCUUGACUUUAUUCGCAACAACGCGCAGGAAGCGAUGGGAGUGUCGCCAAUACAGUAUAUCCGGGAUGCGAAAUUGUGUGGAACUGUCUUCGACGUCAAUGACUCAACUGGACUCAUAUCGGGCGUCAACACCGAGUUCUUCGUUGAUCACAAGGAACCUCGUAAAGCACUGGAGGUCAUCAAGGAGAGCCAGCAGUGGCCAUUCGGGGAUCUACCACCUGGCCACGAAUAUCUCCUGGUAGUUCCCGCCAAGAUGAAGCGAUCUAGGCGUUAA